GGCAACGCUUCUCAAUGGGGGAGGUUGUCAAGUGUUUGGAAGAUCUCAUCGACUAUUUUGCCUUUCCAGAUGAAGGAGAAGAGCAUGAAGAAAAGCAAACUAAACUGAAAGCUUUGCGAAACAGACAGGAUCUCUUCCAGGAAGAAGGCAUGAUUGCUUUGAUCCUAGACACCAUUGACAAGACAAGUCAAUUUAAGAGUGCCCGCCACUUUGCCCACUUUGCUGGAGAGGAGGCAGCUAGUAGCUAUGACGACAUCUCAAGCUAUCUCUAUCUAUUGUUAGCUGCGAUGAUCCGAGGAAAUCGUAUAAACUGCGCCCAGUUUGCUCAAUCCUACCGUCUUGACUGGCUAGUGCAGCGUUUAGAGAGUCAGCAGUCAUCCAGUGGGGUCCUAGACGUCCUCCACUGUGUGCUUAUAGACAGCCCCGAAGCACUGAAUAUGAUCAAAGAGAAACAUAUCGUAACUAUCAUAUCUCUCAUCGACAA